UGUAUUUUUUUAAUAAUAAUUUGCUUAAUGCGAAGAUAGACAAACAUAUCGACUGACAGAUGCGGAUUGCGGAAUCAUAAACAAAAAAAAUCACAAAAAAAAAAUUAAGAGAAUAUCCAAACAAUCGGUGUUGUUUUUUUGGUGUUUAAGUGAAUUAAGAAAAUCCCUCUCUCUCUCUUUCAUUUCGUCUAGCGGAAAAUUAUUUUAAUUAUCUCCCUCCCCAUCACCGUUAUCAUCAUCAUUAUUGCCGAAACAUAAUAAUGAAGUCUUCUCCUUCAUUUUUUGCCGCCAACUCGUUGUUGUUGUUGCUGUCGUUUUAUGCCGUCUUGUUUUCACUUGGCCCUCAAGUGGCCAAUGCAUCGGUCUUUGGUAUAGGAGCCCGCAUCUUGGGCGAUCAAUUGCUGAUGAAAGACAUUCUCCGAACGCCAUUCAUCGCCCUGACCAAGGAGACUGUCAUUACCUUCAAUUAUGACAUACCGGAGCCAAUUACAUACAUCGAAAUGAUUUCCGAUGAGGAAAUUGCUGUCAAUGUCGAUAUGAGCUAUGAAACGGAUCUAAUAAAUGGAACCAUACGUCGAGUGCUACCGAACAUCACCAACGAUGCAGAAAUGUCAGAAAGAAACCACGAUCCAUUUGAGGUUCUCAUACAAAUUUAUGGUUAUAAGAAAAUUCCACGCAAUGUCCAUCCGCGUUACAUCCUAAAUCGUGGACAAAAUCUAGAAGAUCUAUUGAAAUCAAAUGAACCAAUAAAACUGGCCGCCGAAGAGACCCUAAAUCUAAUGCAUGAAGAUAUGCGAGCGCUGGAAAAUUCCGAUGAAGAAUAUGUGGAUGAGAACGGGGAUAUAAUACCCGAUGAUAUUGAAAAUCAUUCGAAUACUGAAAAUGAUUCGGACGAGUAUCUCUUCAGUGCGAAUACGAAUAAAGUUAUCCAAUUGGGAGAGAGGCAAGAAGGUGAUUAUUUGUUGUAUCAGGCAGAUCAAUCAUCACCGGAUAUAACCAAGGAGCCGACCAAUCACACUGUGGUGUUUUAUUUCAUUGACAGCAGUUUCGUCACCUGUGUGGAAUUUUUAAUCAUUGAUCACUAUUUGGAACAUCCCCUCACCUCGGAAACGCCUCACGUUGAAUUCGAGAAAAUAUCAGCGCACAGCCUAAAGGCAAUUGUCACCGACCCGCACACGACCAGUCUCUUCGUUCAAAUGCAUGUCUAUGGCUUCGAGCCAAAUGACAAACCUGUUGAUUUCAAAUCCUAUUUGAAUAGUGACGUGGUCACCAACAGCAACGGCAAUGGCAACAACAACAACCACAUUUUAGACGAUGUCGAGGAUGUUCAUCUGCAACUGUCACUGACAGCAAAGCGACGUACCCGAGUCCAUUUCCAUGGCUUGGCAGCGGAUGAUGGCGCCCAAGUUGGCAUUUCUUCUAACUGGUGGUUGAUGUCUUUGACAGCUGUAAUGAUUGGAGCUGCCUUACGGGCUUAGCGGAUAGCAAAUGUUUGCCAAUUGAAAAGUCAGAAGACACAAGGACGACAUCAUCAUCAGCAGCAGCAGCAUCAUUUGCUUGUUUGUCGUUUGGAUUGUCUGGCAGUCACAUCUUCCAGUUCGAAUGAAAUGGAAUAUGACUUACGAUUGUAUUUCUUAAGUAUUUAUGCUAUUUAUUUAUGUAAAUGUAUUUGUAGUAGCCUAAUGAUUUGUAAGUGUGUGUGUGUGCGUUAGAUUAAUAUAUUAAAAUGUCCAUAUGU